AUGGAUGCAUACGGCAAUUUGGGGAGUGUGCUAACAGCACAAGGACGGACGGCGGAAGCAGAAGUUGCCUUUGAGAGGGCGCUCAAAUACCGACCAAAUAUGGCCGACGUGCAUUAUAACCUGGGAAUAUUGCUACAAAACCAAAGACGGUACAGCGAUGCUAUCAAAAGUUUCGAGAGAGCAAUUUACUUUAGACCUUCAAUGGCUCUGGCGUUCGUUAAUCUCGGAACAUCUUUGAUGGCUGACGGACGUCUGGCUGAAGCCGCGAGUGCACUCCGGGCCGGUUCUCGAGCCGAAGGUGUCCGGGUUCGUGAUCGGAGGGAACAUGACGCUGCAAGAGUGUCAGCCCUCGUACAGCUUGCAGCACUACAUUCACAACGGGGGCAUUGGCAUAAAGCCCUUUCAGCAUACAAAGAAGCGCUACAAAUUCUGCCUGACACAAACACACCCAUCGUUGGCUGGACGCGACAUAGCGUCCUGUCGAUGGUGGGAGAAGUCUAUGUUCAGCUGCAACAGUGGCCCUUAGCUGAGAACAGUUUAAUAUCAGCAUUGGCAUCAUCUCCACACCAUGCAGGGACGCACGUUACACUAGCACAAAUACUUGCUAGAAAUGCUAGUAGAAGUAUGGAGGCAGAAAUGUGGUUCAAAAAAGCACUGACUAUAGCACCUAAUGAUCCAUCAAUUAGAGAUCAGUUUGGUAUGUUCCUAAGAUCUCAACGCAGGCUUCGGGAAGCAGCAGAACAACUAGUUACCGCAGCCCAGCUUUCACCCAAAGACGGCGUCCGCGCCGCUUCGGCGGCCCGGGCGCUCAGGGACGCACGACGCUGUCGUUCUGCAGAACGGUGGUAUGCUCGUGCAGUACAGUUGAAUCCAGAUGAUGCCGAGUACCAUUCUAAUUUUGGUGCUAUUCUUCACUUAAACGGGAAGUAUGCUACUGCAGCGGCUUCCUACAGAAGAGCGCUACAACUUCAACCAAACGAUGACAUCACAAUCACAAACUUGAAAAGAGUUCGAGCACUGAUGAGCAAAGAUCGCAGAAAAUAA